CUUUUCUCUGAAGGCACAAUUAAUUUAACAUUCUAGAUUAUAAAAGAAAUUGCCCUUCCAACAACAUAACUAAUACAAUUGCUUACUAGUUUACAUCAUAUCAUGACAGUCAUUGGGGAAGAAGGAUGGUGUGUUGGAAAAGGGGGAUGUAUUUAAUAAAUACUUGAUAACUUUUCAUUUUCUAAAACAGCAAAAUCUGAUCAUUAAGAAACCUUAUAUGUUUCAUUUUCUAAUUAAAAUGGCAAUUUUUUUUUCAGCUCUUGCUUCAAAUUCCAAAAUUCAAGGCUGACAUCAGAAUUGUGGCUUUUCCUUUCUGUUGCCAAAAUGUGAACAAGUGUGCUAUUUCUUCAACACAUCAGAAUUAAUCAACCAUUAAUGUGCUUUACUGGAACAAAAGAAGGGUGUUUCUUUAAACUCACACAUUAAAAGUAACCAUUAGCUUUCCUUGUGGUACUCAGUCAUAUGGCAUGCCGUCAUAACUGAAACUAAACCUGAUUAAUUUUUCUGCUAUUAAACUCAAUUAGGAUUAAAGGAGACAAUGAUGCCAUCUCAAAAGGUAGCAUAGAAAUCUGCCUGUAACCUAGUCAGGAAAAUGUUAAAUUUACAAUAAGUAAAUUGUAACUACUAAGGGUGAAGUUUUUUUUUAAAUUAUUCUUUUCCUGCAAGCAUGCUCAUCAGCUUGCACCGCUCCCCACAAAGGUUUGAAUAUUCACCAACUCCAGUUAAACCCAUGGAACCCAAGCAAAUGUUUCAUCAAGUUGCAAUUAAAAACUUAAAACAGACCCAAUAAAAAUCUUUCUUUCUUUCUGAACUCUUUCACCUGGUCCAGUCUCCUGGGGCCACUCCUACCCCUAUCUAUGCUAGCUGGGAGGUCUGGAUGAGAGGGGAAAAGGCCAGGGGCCAUGGGGAGGAUCAAAAGGAAAACUUCAAAUGAAAAUCUUACCAAUGUUGAAGGAGAAUGUUGAAGCAACACAGUUACAUGAGAGCCCUACUACAAAAAACAGCAUGCAGUUGAAUGUUGCACACCAAAAAAACCUACAAAAAAGUCACACUAACGAGGCCUCCAAGAGCACGAACACUCUUACACCGAAGGAAUCAAUGACUGAUGAUGAUCCCCAAGCUGAAAGUGAUACAGAUAACACUCAAAUAAGUUCAGGUAUAACUUCAUCAAGUGAGAUUUCUUUUUCUCUUUUGAAAUUUUCUGAUACGAAUUUUUAUAUAGAAACCACCAGCUUUGAAGAUAGUUUAAGUAGUUUUCCAUCACCUGAAGUAUUCAGGGGAGAAGAGUUUUUAGAUAUUAAUAAUUCCACUACUGAAGACUAUCUCAAAUUCAAGACUUCUGCUUUUCUGCAUACCAGCAGAGCAGCGGCUAUAGAGAACAUGCAGCAAUUUUCAAAUCUUUCAGCAAUUUUAGAUAAUUCCACUUGUAAAAUUUUGCCUGAAAGAGAAAAAACUCCAGAAGUCAAGACCAAGCAAACAAAUUCCUCUGUCUCCGCUGGUAAGAAAAAUAGAGGAUUUCUGACAAGCUCUCCAUCAGCAGAGACAGGCAAGUUUGAGAUUAAUUUGUCCCCAGUACAAAAAUUAUCUUCAGAAGGGGAAUUAAAUCCAAAUACAAGUAAAUAUAUAUAUUCAGAUGAAAUUGUUCCUGCGUCAAGUUCAGAAGAAGAAAAAGAUUCUUGGGAGGCUCAAUGCACUGCAUCUGAAAUAUGCUGUAUUAUUAAAUCAUCACCAAGAAAUAGAUGCACAGAGAUGUUUCAUUGCUAUCCUAAAGGAGCUUCUAAAGGUGUGAUAAAUGAGCCAGUGGAUAAGGAGAGAUUAAAAACUAGGGGGAGAAUGAACACUAUUGAAAACAUAAACACACAGUGGAGAGAGGAGCAAACAAACUCCUCUUUCACCAUUGGUGAGAAAAAUAUGGGAUCACUGGGAAGCUUUCCAUCAACAGAGACAGGCAAGUUUAAGGCUCCAUAUCUCACAUCAGAAAUGUGCUGUGUUGUCAGAACAUCACCACAAAUUAGAUACACAGAGAUGCCAUGUAGCCCACCUAAAGGAAUGUGCAAAGAUAUGGUCAAGAAGCAAGUGGAUAAAGAAAAAUUAAAAACUAAGGGGAGAGUGGAUACAAUUGAAGGGACAAGCAACCAGUGGAGAGAAGAGGUGAUGGAAUCAAGGGCUCAAGUAGAGAGAGCUGUCACUGCCAAGGUUUCAUGUGCUAUAUCUGAAGUAUGCUGUAUUGUUAAAACAUCACCAAGAAUGAAACGCAUGAAGAUGCCAUGUUGCCCUCCCAAAAGAGUGCCUAAAGAUAUCAUAAUGACAGAUGAGUAUGAUGACAGCUUAUCAUUGCCAUUCAAGAUUAGCAUAUGAAGAGAAGCCUGAACUUACCUGACUGAAAUGAGUGGCAGUGAUCCUGGUCCAGAUUCUCAAUGAGAAGUACCUUUGUGGCUAUGCUAGAUAUAUUUCUUUCCAGAUUCAGAUUAUCUGUUAAAAAGUUUUCAUCUUUUCCUUUUGGUCUGUUAAAUAAGUUUCUUCUCUUUAGCAUGCUGUUACAGGAUGCCAUUUGCUUUGAAAAGGAAAACUGAAUUUAUGUGUAGCUGAAUUUGGAAGGUGAUAUCACUGUGCACCAAACCAAAAGAUGUUUGCUUAUGGAGUCGGCACUGGGUAGUUAUGUAAGGUCCUUUGUUUUUGGUGUCUGCUUAAUAAAUAUAUUAAGUAGUUUUUCAAAGGUAGUUCUUGUUCUGUUUGGAUUAAAAGUACCAAAGUCUUGAAGCAUUGGAAAUGAAAACCCUUUUAUUACAAGCUAUUUUUAACUGAACCUAAUUGAAACCACAUGAGUGGGAGACCUAAUUCCAUUUCUGUCUGACUCCAAAGAAAUUCUACCCCCAUAGCUCAACAAAGCAAAGAAAGUAGAACACAUACUAAGUGAUAAUGAAAUGCAAAAUACUCUCUACAUUGUAUCACUCCAAACAAGCUCAUAUUGACUGAUUUUGCA